UCACUUAUCAGCUUUCAGAUUUCAUAUUCAGAAAUGGCAGCCUUAAACAUGCUAAAACUUGUUGCGAUAGUAGGGAUUCUCAGCGCAUUCUUAUCCGAUUCGGUCGUGGGUCAGAAUUGUGGUUGUAAAGCUGGAUUAUGUUGCAGCCAAUGGGGUUAUUGUGGAACUGGAAAACCUUAUUGCGGUGCAGGAUGUCAACAAGGUCCCUGUACUAAAACUCCCCCUGUUAGUACUGGCGGACCAUCCGUUGAUAGUAUUGUUACACCAGCCUUCUUUAACCGAAUCAUUGCUCAGGCUGGUACUGGAUGUGAGGGUAAGACAUUCUAUAAGCGAAGUACGUUUCUUGCUGCUGCAAAAGCGAAUCCUAAAUUUGGUCAUGCUGGUACUCUAACCAAAUCAAAGCGUGAGAUUGCUGCAUUCUUUGCUCAUGUAACUCAUGAAACCGGACAUUUCUGCUACGUAAGAGAAAUUGCUCGAGGAACUUAUUGUCAGAGUAGCACAAAGUACCCGUGUGCUCCCGGAAAGAAAUAUUACGGGCGCGGUCCAAUUCAAAUUACAUGGAACUAUAACUAUGGAGCCUGUGGAAAGGCUAUUGGUGAGAAUCUUUUAAAGAAUCCAGAUCUCGUUGCUGCCAGUUCAACCAUUGCAUUCAAGACUGCCUUUUGGUUUUGGAUGAAUAACGUUCAUUCAGUCAUAACUUCUGGUGGAGGUUUUGGUCGUACUAUCCGAAGAAUCAAUGGUGGUGAAUGUGGUGGUGGAAAUCGGCCAGCAGUUAAUGCCAGAGUCAAGUAUUACAAAGCAUACUGUAAACAGAUCGGUGUUACACCUGGCCCAAAUCUUUAUUGCUAGGAAUAUGGUUAUCAAAUUAUUAUCCCUUAUUGCGUGCUCUAUUAGUGUUUUUAUGAGUGUUUCCUAGUAUGUUUUCUUGUUUAAUUACUCAAUCUAUGUAACAGAUGUAUAACCUUAAUAAUUGCAAGUAAAUAAAGAGCACUAGUUUAUGAUAAA